UCUGAUCACAAAAAUUUAAAAUCUCACAGCUCAAGUCACCACUAAGACUCUAAGAGACUCAUUCCUAAUCUCUCAUCCUAACUAUUAUUCAACCUCUGAUAAAUCUCUCAUCAAUGAUGUUUUCCUGAGUGAACCAAAACACAAAAAGAUUGACACUUCUUGUCUGAAAAACAUUAUCUAGAGAUUGUUCUUUGUUGUGUUCCCAAAUGUAAAGACACCAAGCAGUCAAUAUGAUUCAACGCCCUUUGUUUUAAUUAGACAAAAGAUAGUUACCCUGUGCCGACAGUAACGCCGAUACCGACGGUAAAAGCUCUCUCAGAGAAGUUACGGUCGUUGAGGGAAGGAGCUCGGCAGCUGAAGUAACCAGGAGAGUAGAUGGGUUCGUGUGAGUGCGGUGCGAGUCCAUCGUGGCUAUGGUACACCCUCCCGUCCGGUCUUUGCCUUCACUUCGAUCUCCUCUUCCAAAAGAUCAUCGGACUCUGCGUUCACCGAAUCAGCUGAUUUUGUAGCUACGUCGCAUCGAGCCGUUAUCAUGGAAGCGGACAUGGAAGCUCUUCUUGAGCUGGUUCGUUUGAUUCGAGAGUUGGAUGUGAGAGAUAUUGGGACGAAACACUGUCGUUUACGUAACGAUACGGGUUGAACCGGAUGGAAUUUGGGUCGAUCGGAUCUUUAAGGUUGGAUCUUUGUAAUUAAGCUAUUUUAUGAAGGGUUAUAUUGUCUUUGACCACAUUUCUCAUUUAAAGAAAAAUCAAAAAGAAAAUAUAUUAUAUUAUGGGGAGAAGGAAGAAUUUUUCAAGAGUGAGAGAGGUAUAUGGAGUUAAAGUCCCAAGUAUUAACAUUUUUUUUUUUAAAUCUUCGUAUUAAAAAAAGAUAUUUUAAUAGUUAAAAUGAAAAUAAAAAACAAAUAAAAGAAUUAAACCAUAAAAACCCGAUUAACGUGAGUAUAAAAAGAAAGGAGCCCUCGUUAAUUUAGAUUUAGAAACUGAUUAACGUUCAUUAAGUUCAAGAAUCAGUAGCUCUCGCUCUCACCCUUAGUAUCGCUCUCACCCUUAGUAUCGUCGCCGUCGUCGUCUCUCUCUCGGUGCGUUUUCCUUCGAUGGCUGCUUCAGAUGGAGGAUGUUCAUUGCCCGUGGAGGUUUUCAUUCAAAACCUCACUGAUGAAGCUUCUGAGUUGCUCGGACUCAAGAAGUUCGACGAAGCCGUCGUAUGUCUCAGGGUAGCUCGGGAAUUGAGUGAAUACCACUUGGGAGAUGUUGCGAUUCUCAGUGUAAGCACGCUGCUGCUUUCUUGUUUGGUUGAGAAGUUAUACCUUGAGACCCAAAACGAUGGCAUAAAGAACAUGAUUGAGGAGGGUAUGAUAGUAUUCAACCAGAUGAAGAUCUUGGCAGGCAAGGCUGAUUAUGAUUCAGUAGUUAAAGUGUACUCCGAUCUUGGAGAUGCUGCUCUUAAAAAAGGUAUUUUAUGA